CAUGAUCUACGAAAAAGCCAAAACGUUGCUCGCCCGGACUAACGCUAACGGCCUUAUACCACCGUCUGAUUCUAAACUGCGUCCUGUCCCAACGCUAGGAUCCGACCGCGGCGUAGCUAACGAAAUGCGCGGGGAACAUACAACCAGCCAAUGCAGCCUACAGCCCAGCGAGGUUGCGACUGCAGGAAGCAGCUCGACGAAUAACCCACAUAAAGGCGGAAGGCGGUGCGAACAAAAGGACGAGAAACAAGCGCUCUCUGCCCAUCUGCGGCGAGGAGGCCCGAAUGAUCGACAAAGUGCAGCUCUGCAGGCAAAAGUCGAAGCAGAGAAACAAAAUAGAAUGGCCCCAGCAGUUGCCUCCCGUCGCAGCGUGCUGCUGCUAUCACCAGAGCUGGACAGUGAAAGCGACGCCGCGCACGCCAGAAAGUCGAAACCUUCGCGGACCACCUUCGCACCAACUGCGCCUGGGGCACCGCACCGAUUUUCCACGAGAUCAACAGCACCAGCUGGGCAGGGAACAAGCCUUCUUCACUCAACGUUCUUCCGCCCUUCUGCCCGUCCGGGUAGCAGGCUACGGAUCCCUAACGCUGAAAGAAAAUCGGUGUCUUACCACACGACUUCACCUGCGCCAAGCCAAAUGGACGACCGCGGUUUCUCAAAAAGAGGAGCGUCUGCAAUGGUAGAAAAGCGUGCGCUGGAGCAUCACGAUGAAGAUGCAGCGGUCGUUUUACAGCAAGGUGACAAACAGCGGCGCACCAGUGCAAUCGCUUCCACUGCGACAAAGGUGAAGCACUACCGAAAUCGCGCAGUGCCUCUGCCUCAUCCAGCCAUUCGGGAAGCAGCAGCUUCAACCAUUCAAGCGCGCGUCCGAGGAAUGCUAGCGCGCAAGUUUGUUUGCUUUGUCGGAAUAAACAAGAUGCACGACCGCAUGCAGCUGCACGGUAGUGUAGACAGUCCCUGCUUGGCGCCGGGACACUUCAACAGAGCGGUGGAUUUUUCGAGGCAUUUUAGGCCUCAAAAUCAAAAGGCAAAGGAAGAGCGGUCCAGCAGCGCUGGAGCUUCCGCCGAAGAAGAACGAGAGGCAGGUCGUGAAGAUCGAAGCCCUGGUGGCACCACUUCACGGGAAGAUGAAGCAGAGACUGACAACAAGCGACGACUUGCCUUCCGCCUAACUUUCGCAGCCCGUCGCGCACACUUGCAGUACGGUGCAGCAGUUCGGUUGCAGGCCUGGCUGCGUGGGUGUCGGGCUCGCACGAUCUUGAAGAACCACAUCCAGCAGGUUGCCGAUUCCCAAGCCGUGUUGGUGCAGCGGGUCGUACGUGGUUAUCUCGCACGCGCCCAACUUCACGCCUGCAAGCACUCGUCGCUUACGAUUCAAACGGCGUGGCGUCGGUUUUAUGCCGUGCGCAAGGUGCGCCGUUGGCGUCGAGGCAUCGUGCAGCUGCAAGCGC